AUGGGCAAACUCAAGCUAGCGAUGGUGGCAGCCAUGUCGCUGACGAACGGUAUCGGCAAGGACGGAGGACUGCCUUGGCGGCUCAAGGGCGAGAUGGCAUACUUCCGCAGCGUCACGAGCCACGUCGCAGAGGACGAGAAGCGUGAAGGAGCUCGGAACGCGGUCAUCAUGGGGAGAAAGACAUGGGCGAGCAUCCCGCCCAGGUUUCGACCUCUUGCAGGCAGGGUCAACAUCGUGAUCAGCCGGACAUCAAGUGCCAAAGAUCUAGGGAUCGAUCCAGAAUCGAAGGAUGUGCACUUGUUUGCCUCGGUAGAGCAAGCUCUAGCACACCUGGCGGCGCCUCAAUCAGGCAUCCACAGGGUGUUUGUUCUCGGAGGUGCCCAGCUGUACAGGAAUAUGAUGAGUCUGGACUCGAACGUGGCGACGGUGGACCAGUUGCUGGUGACGCGGAUCCUGGCUCCGCAGUACGAGUGCGAUGCGUUCUUCCCGGAAUUCAGGACGGCGCAACAGUACAAAAGCGAGCUCGAUCACGCCAAUGCGAUUGCGGGGGCCGGGCAGGUUGGAUCGGAACAACCAGCAUCUACGCUCACGCGGCAAGAAUGGACGCAAGCAUCACCAGAAUCGCUGCGAGAAUACCUGGGCAGCGCAUGCCCCGCUGCGCUUGCCGAUUCCAAGGACAUGGUGACGAACGAAGGCGAGACGUGGUAUCAAUACCAGCUCUGGGAGAAGACAGGCUGA